ACGAAAACAAUCGAGACGAUAAAAUGUUCGAUCUUUGUGUCAUUGGACAGUUCUGUCUGGUUACUUCCUGCCAGUAAUUCACUCCAGCUCAUUAUAAUGGUUAUCAUCUCCAGUUGCUGUGACUUAUUAUCAGGGAUUGAUUUGGGGGUAAUAAUGUAGGUAAUCAAACGAGAUGGUGUCAGAAUUAUUCUGAAAGGUUCAACCGGUGAUUUUCGUCCAGAGGGACAUGUACGGAGAGAAAGAGACGCUUUCUGAUCAUCCGAUAUCGAAUAUGAACAAAUCUGUUGAGAACCUCUUGGUUUCCAGCACUGAAGUGCUCAGCUCGAUUAAUUCCUCCUCCAUGGGUGGGACCAAGUCGCACGAUCACGAGGACGACUGUCGUCAUGAUAAUCCUGGGAGGAACAGUGAUCUCGAGAGGAAUCACAUGCCCAGUCCCAAUGCAUCGCCACAGCCCAGCCCCAAGAACACGAAGAGCAAGAAAUUUCCGUGGAAGAGUCAGGUGUCCAGUAGUGGAAAGUCCGGGGGAAAUGAACCCACUGAUGGCUCGACGAAGACUGAUGAUCAGACGGAAACGACGAAGGGUUCUUCAGAUUCUACUGAACACAUUCGUCCUUCCAGCGAGGUCCGGAAGAGCGAGCGCUCGAAGAAAAAGUCGUCUUGGUACAAUGUCCUCUAUCCAACGUACAAAUCUCGGUCCGAGGACUUCAAGAGAAUCUUCAAGGACGUACCAGAUGACGAGCGACUCGUAGUAGAUUAUUCCUGUGCCUUACAAAGAGAAAUAUUGGUUCACGGCCGCUUGUAUGUCUCUCAAAAUUACGUAUGCUUCUAUGCUAAUAUAUUUAUGUGGGAAACUGUAGUCUCUCUCAGAUGGAAGGAUGUGGUCUCAAUUACCAAAGAAAAGACAGCUCUUGUUAUACCAAAUGCAAUAUCAAUAUGCACCGAAACUGAUAAAUUCUUCUUAACCACCUUUGGCGCCAGGGAUAAAACUUACAUGAUGCUAUUUAAAAUUUGGCAGAAUGCACUAAUUGGACAGCCCAUGAGCAAUGGUGAGAUGUGGUCGCUAGUUCAUACAUGUUACGGAGAGGAAUUGGGCUUGACAUCGGACGAUGAGGAUUAUAUUUCUCCCUCUGCCCAGGAAGAGGAGAAAAUUCCGUCAAGGUUAUCAAUGGAUUCAUUCUCAGAGCCGGAACCCCCGACUCCUGAGCCGGUGACCACACCAUGUGUACCCACUUCAUUACCAGUGGAGCUGAAUCCAGACCCUACAGACCAGAGUGACACAACAGAGAGCGACGCAGAAAAGCAAAAUCUUCGUCUGGGUGUGCGUUCCCCCACAACGUGUACCUCCACCCACGAUGGUCGAGAGCUAAUAAACACAACCCUCCCAAUCCACAUAGACCAGCUGUUCACCCUUCUCUUCACAACUUCCAAGUUCUUCCUGGAUUUCCACACAGCUCGCAAGACCACCGAUUUGAUUCAAUCCGAGUGGACCCAGCAUUCAGAGACAAACAAGAAAAUGAGAACAGUAUCUCUAACAGUCUCUCUGACACAACCAGUGGGUCCUAGAAAGUCCCAAGUGACUGAGACUCAGAUUAUGCUGCCAUGCAGUCGUCCAGGUCAUCGUUACUGCAUCGACAUCGAAACGAACAACGCAGGAAUCCCGUACGCCGACUCCUUCAGUGUCUUCACCCACUUCUGCAUAGCCUUCGUGUCAGAGAGUGAAACGAGUCUCCAGAUAUUUUCGGAGAUUAAAUUCAAGAAGCACGUGUGGGCCGUCAUGAGGGCACUGAUUGAUAAAAACUGCUGGGCAGGACUGGAGGAGUACUUUGGAAGUCUUGUGAAAGCUCUAAGUGUCGAGUGUGAAGAGACGUCAGCUGGGAAUGGAAUUAAGAGGAAAACCAGGAGAAGAAGACGAGGGGUUGGAGCUAGUACCCACCAGCCACAUCCCCCCGAUCUUUUACCUCUCAAUCUGGCACCCCCAGGCUUGGAACUCCCUACUUCGGUGGUCAAGCCACGGGAGGAAACCAUCUCCAUUGUCAACUGGAUUCUUCUGAUUGCAGUCCUCUGUCUCAUGGUCAUCAAUGGACUGCUGUAUUACAAACUCUGGGGCCUCGAAGACGCUGCUGCUUACACUGUCAUGGAUCUUCAUGUCCUCAGAAAGAUUCCCAAAUCAGAGGAGGACUGGGUGCAACUACUUCAGCAACAAGAGAGCCUUCACAAUGUGGAAAUGAGGAGGUGGCAGAGAAUUUUACAAACUGCUGCGCAGCUACUGAAACAGACUGAGGAGUCAUUGACGGAAUUGCAGAGGAGCAUGCAUCCAAUGGCUACCGAGAAGAUGUUUUCGGUCCUCAAACCCCAUUUGAAGGGGUUCUCUGGGGGAGAGGGGACCAGGGGGCAGCGAGAUGAGGUGUAGGGGAAGAAAAAGACGAGUGGCGAGGGAGUAGUUUUUCGGAAGACUUAAACAGUCUGUUAUAUUGGGAAUAAACGGGUUUAGGAGAAAAUGCUAUAGAACAUUUUUUGGGGGAUAUUUAAUUUUCUCGGGAAACGGUCCAAUAGGUUUUCUUGUAAGAUCAAUCGUUUGCUUCAAUUCAAUUCCAUUGUCAUGAUGGGAACGAGGAUAAGUGCAUUUUUUUAGAUCGGUUUUUAGCAAAUAUCUUAGAAUUGAAGAAAGAUAGCGAUAUUUUGAUUAAUACCUUUUUUUUAGCUCUCAUCUUUCUGAAUGAAAAUGUAUGGGAAACUAUAUAAUUAUUUUCCUUCAAUCCCGAGAUAUAACUAAAAAUAGGCAUCGAAAGAAAAAUUGAAUUAUCUUAGUUAUCGAGUAGGUAGUGGAAAAGUUUAGGAGAAAAUAUGACAAGAGUAUUUUUAGAGGAAAUUUGAUCUCUGGAAAUCUCUUGUCACAUUUUUUUAGGUCCUACGGCUGUUUGGAAGCUAGAAGAGUAUUUAUUACUGGUAAAUGGAAUUUGCCACUUCCUCUUUGAGCGAUUUGUAAUUAUUUGUAAUUUUCAUGAAUUAAUCGAUUGUAAGUAUUAACGUUCUUUUUCUAUCGAUUUUAUCUCGUUUAGGGUAUAAUUAUCCAGUGAUUUAUGGAUUUAAUUGAAUUUAUUUUGAUUACCAAGAUGUAAACAUGAAAAAAAUUUUCAAGUCGAAAUAUUUUGUUUAGAUGAUUUUACUUUCUACGAUUUAUCGAGUCUUGUCGGUUAUUGAAAGUUUUCGAACCUGAGGUAGCAGAGAUCUCUAGGAAAAAUCCAGUGAAUUUUUCUUCGCUUACAAUUAGUGGAUAACUAGUGAAAUGGUAACGAUGAAACCGUGAGUUAAAUCAUGAAAAGGUGACUUCCACACAAUAACGUUAUCCUUUUUAUGCUGAUAAUAGAACAAUCCCAAAAAAAUCCUCACCCACUAGCCUCCAACAAUAUUCAGAGAAUAAAAUAAAAAUGGAAAAAUCAGAUGUUUCUGGCAGAAGUCUUCAGUUGAGUCGAGGAAUUUUCAAUUAACUCGUCAAAUAAUUCGCAAAAUCUUUCUCAGCAUUACCAUUUCCUACGAGCAUCCAACGAUCAGUGCCCUAAAUGAAAAACUGGGAAAUAAAAAAUUGUAAAAUCAAUGUAAAUCCGCACAAUCCUCAAAAAAGGAUGAAUUCACAGUAGAAAAGAUGCAGCAUUUGCCAAGAAAAAUAAAUAUAUUUAGGUUGAAAAA